UUUUACUCCGUAUCCUACAAGUCAUCAGCUUCUUCUGCCUUGCAUCGAAAGAUUCGGGUGUUGUCCAUCGAAUCUGGAGGGUUUGUUGCCUUCUUUCAUCAUCGAGACCUACAUACCUCAAAGCAGGACCCAUUCAUUCUUCGGGCCCUCAAAACUUCUUUGUUCCUUCUGGGGUCGAGCUCAAUUCCAGUCAAUCGUUUCUUGCUUUCCAGAACCGGCGCAUCGUGCCGUACCGUAAACAUGGCGUACAACGGCGGCCAUAACGAGUACGGUGGUAGUGGGCACCAGCUCCAAGACAUGCCCGCUGGGAGCACCUACCACCUUCCUCCUCACGAUCAAGAUGAAGACGAGACGCAGCGGUCUCUCCUCGGACAGGCUGGCUAUCAAUAUGACCAAGAUCGUCUAGGCGCUGGCACACCUCCUGUUCGACCUGUUUCUGCCUACAGUCUUACUGAAUCAUAUGCCCCUGGUGCUUCCACAACACCCGUCCCUCCACAAUACACCCAAGGCUACGCGGGACAUGAUGCCGGCUUCCCUGUCGGCGCCGAGGUUGGAGAUGGUGGCUUUGGCUACGGCCGACCUGCCUCGACCGUCGACGGUGACGAGGCCUGGGUUCGUCGUCAGCAACCCGGCGGAGUUACUGGAGGUGGCCUGAAGCGUAACCAGACCAGAAAGGUCAAGCUCGUGCAAGGUUCAGUUUUGAGUAUUGAUUACCCCGUGCCCAGUGCUAUCCGGAAUGCGGUUCAGCCCAAGUACAGAGAUGUCGAGGGCGGAACAGGCGAAUUCACAAACAUGCGAUACACAGCAGCCACUUGCGAUCCCAACGAUUUCACCCUCAAGAACGGUUACGAUCUGCGACCCAGAAUGUAUAACAGACAUACCGAGCUAUUGAUUGCCAUCACCUACUACAACGAGGACAAGAUGCUUAUGGCCCGUACUCUGCACGGUGUUAUGCAGAACAUCCGCGAUAUCGUAAACCUCAAGAAGUCUACCUUCUGGAACAAGGGAGGUCCCGCUUGGCAAAAGAUUGUUGUCUGUAUGGUCUUUGAUGGUAUCGACAAGGCCGACAAGGAGACACUCGACGUUCUGGCUACUGUCGGUAUCUACCAGGACGGUGUCGUCAAGAAGGACGUCAAUGGCAAGGAGACUGUAGCCCACGUCUUCGAAUAUACUACCCAGCUCUCGGUGACACCAAACCAGCAGCUUAUUAGGCCUACGGAUGACAGUCCCCAAACAUUGCCCCCCGUUCAGAUGAUCUUCUGCUUGAAGCAGAAGAACACCAAGAAGAUCAACUCCCAUCGUUGGCUGUUCAACGCUUUCGGCAGAAUUUUGAACCCUGAAGUCUGCAUUCUUCUCGAUGCUGGUACCAAGCCCGGAGCCAAGUCACUUCUGGCUCUAUGGGAAGGUUUCUACAACGACAAGGAUCUCGGUGGUGCUUGUGGUGAGAUUCACGCCAUGUUGGGCAAGGGUGGCAAGAAGCUGUUGAACCCGUUGGUUGCUGUCCAAAACUUUGAGUACAAGAUCUCCAACAUUCUGGAUAAGCCCCUAGAGAGCUCCUUCGGCUACGUUUCCGUGUUGCCCGGUGCCUUCUCUGCGUACCGAUUCCGUGCCAUUAUGGGCCGACCUCUCGAGCAGUACUUCCACGGUGAUCACACGCUCUCCAAGAUAUUGGGUAAGAAAGGUAUCGAGGGUAUGAACAUCUUUAAGAAGAACAUGUUCUUGGCUGAGGAUCGUAUUCUGUGUUUCGAGCUGGUUGCCAAGGCUGGCUCCAAGUGGCAUUUGACCUACAUCAAGGCCGCAAAGGGUGAAACCGAUGUUCCCGAAGGAGCACCCGAGUUCAUCAGUCAGCGAAGAAGAUGGCUGAACGGUUCUUUCGCCGCUUCCCUCUAUUCCUUGAUGCAUUUCGGUCGUAUGUACAAGAGUGGCCACAACAUCGUCCGCAUGUUCUUCUUCCACGUGCAACUUCUCUACAACGUUGCACAAGUCGCUUUCACAUGGUUCUCUCUGGCUUCCUACUACCUGACUACAACGGUCAUUAUGGACCUUGUCGGCACUCCCACAGCACCCGGUCCUACUAGCGCAGAACGUCACGGUUGGCCUUUCGGUGACACGGCGACACCGAUCAUCAACUUGGUUUUGAAGUAUUUGUAUGUGGCAUUCGUCAUCAUGCAGUUUAUUCUCGCGCUCGGUAACCGUCCCAAGGGUUCAAAGUGGCAGUACAUCUUGUCAUUUGCUCUCUUCGGUUUCAUUCAGCUGUAUCUGCUCAUCGAUUCCUUCUACUUGGUCGUCAGCGCCUUCAUCAACAACCCAGAUAUCAACAUUGGUGAUGACUUGGCCCAGCUCUUGACUGGACGUUCCCAGGUUGCCAUUAUCUUGCUUGCGCUGUUGGCUACGUUUGGUCUCUACUUUGUGGCUUCGUUCCUGUACCUGGACCCGUGGCACAUGUUCCACUCCUUCCCGGCCUAUCUUAUGCUCAUGUCGACCUACAUCAACAUUCUCAUGGUUUAUGCGUUCAACAACUGGCACGAUGUUUCCUGGGGUACCAAGGGUUCAGACAAAGCAGACGCGCUGCCUUCUGCACAGGUGGUCAAGACAGAGAAGGGUGAAGCCGCCAUUGAAGAAGUCGAUAAACCUCAGGAGGAUAUCGACAGUCAGUUCGAAGCGACCGUCAAGCGUGCUCUGGCGCCCUUCAAGGAGGAGGAGGAAAACGAUGGCAAGGAUCUGGACGACUCGUACAAGUCUUUCAGAACUUCAUUGGUGUUGGCAUGGCUAUUCUCAAAUGCUCUUCUGAUUGUUGUCCUUACCAGUGACAGCUUCAACACCUUUGGCAUUGGCAGAACUGCAGCUUACUUCCAGUUCCUCCUGAUCGCCACGGCUAUCCUCGCCUUCGUCCGUUUCGUCGGAUGUUUGUGGUUCCUUGGUAAGACGGGUCUCAUGUGCUGCUUCUCGCGACGUUAAAGCGCCAUAUUUGUCCUCCCCGAAACAAUAUACCCACCCCAAACUUGGGAAGAUAUGUAUACAACAAGCAUUUUGCGUCUCAGGACCUGGCGUCAUAUACAAAACUGUUUGCCUUUGUACAGGAUAUGGAAGCGAAGAGAUUUGGAUGGGAUGUAGGAUGUACGCUGGAAGAGAAAAAAAGUUGCCCUGGGCUUGUCUGGCCACGCCACGCCACGCUCAGAAGAAUGAGUGGCAUUACUUCAGGCGUUUUACAAAUUCCCUUUAGAUCAGGUACUUAUGUGACGUGCCACAAUACAUAAUGCAUUUUGUUAAGAAUAUUUCUUGCUUACAUAUUGAAAACUGUCGAGUGUGAGCUUCAAACCCCCGGUUCGCGUCGUCGCGUCGUUGAAAGUAUAUCAGGGUACGCGACUGAUGCGAUGACUGAG